CGCCCGCCAUCAGCAUGAGCGCCACCGGCACGCGCUCGGCCACGGCCUGCAUGCGCUGUCGUCGCAUGAAGACAAAGUGCCUGCACGACGACGAUGGCCAGCCCUGCCGGAGUUGUCUCAAGGCCCGCCAUCAGUGCGUUUUCCCCGGCAGGGUGCCGCGUGCCGCUCGCGCCGCCAAUAUCCCGCCUCACGCUGCUCUCAUGGCUCCGCCCAUGGACCAGCCUCUCCCUCCCCAGCUGGUCCCCGAGCAGCAUUUCGAUCUUUCUCCCACCUACGCUCAUGAUUGCGAGCAUGCCAUCGAGCACAGCCGCUGGCCCUUUCCCUGCUUUCACCGCCCCAGCUUCAUCCGGCAGCUAAAGGAGGGCAGCCUGCCGCGCGCCCUGUACUUUGCCAUGCUCACCGUCUCUGCAAGAGGCUCGCCCGGCCUGCUGCGCCAUUUCGGAUCGCCAUCGGCUGCUUCCGACUACUUUUCAAAGGAGGCCCAAGCAACCAUCUUCUCCAGCAUGGACUGUCCGUCCGUCCCAGACAUCCAGUCCCUCUGCCUCCUCGCCAUGUACUUCUGGGGCUCCGGGAGGGGGACCAGGGCGUAUGUUUGCCUUGGCAUGGCCGCCCGGAUGGCCCAGAUGUUCUGGCCUCAGGCGACGUCGAGAGACACGGACUUUGUCGCUUCAGAAACUGCCCGCAGGAGCAUCUGGGUAUGCUUCAUCAUGGAUCAGUUUCUCUCCAAUGGCAGUGGACGGCCACCCGCCUUCCACGAGGAACAAAUGAACAUUUCACUCCCGUGCAGCGAGGACGACUUUCACUUCGGAAGUGCAGUGCUCGUCCCCAAACUUGACGGCGAACUUCCAGACCACAGCACUUCGGACGCGGCCAGGUCGGAUGUAGGAGAGUUUGGCCACAUGAUCCGGGUGGCUAUCUUGUGGCGGAAGGCUAUCGCCUGGGUCUUGGACCCUCCGAAAGACGAGCAGGACGAUUCGACCUACUAUCAGCUUGAGAAGAACCUCGUUGAUUGGCAAAAGGCACUUCCUUCGCGUCAGCAAGACACGCCAGGCAAAAUCGAUUUGCACAUUCCCCUCGGCAACGGCCACACUUUCGCCUUCACUCAUUGCAUCUACCACUGCGCCCGCAUCUUCCUCAACAGGCGCCAACUGCAUCGGAUUGGCCGUCGGGCGGGCGCAGAUAGUGACAAUGACUACGCAACUCACACGGUCAAUACGAUCUUCGACUCGGCGCAGCGUAUCACGACGCUCGUCGCGACGCUAGACUCAUCCAGCCUGUCGGAACCCUCGCAGAUCUACACCAUCUUCAUCCUCUUCUCCUCCUUCACCGCCGCCUCGACAGUCGCCUACAUGAACAUCCAAGAGCUCUCAGAGCCGCGCGAGGAGUCCUUCACCAUCGUGCGUGCCAACCUCGAGAUCUUGCGCAAGUCGCAGCACAUCUGGCCGCUGGCAGAGGGCUGGUACUUCGAGCUAUGCCGAAUGGUGAGGGUGCUGGAUGGGCGCGCAGCCGCGGCCCAACAGCAGAACCAACAGCCAGCACCACAGCAGCAGCAGCAGCAGCAGCAGCAGCAGCAGCAACACCCGCCCGGAACAGGGCCAGGCACGCCGCUGCCGCCUCCGCCCGGCGCAACAGCUCCCCGCUACCCCGAGCCCAACGGGCAGCUGCCUCCGCUGAACGGCCCGCCCCCGCCUGCAAUGGACGGACAAGGCGCGGUCGCCGCCCCGCCUCCGCCGCCGGCUUACCCCUCCCCGUAUGCGAGCGCCCCGACGCCGUACGACACUGUGCCGCCGCCGGGGCCGUACGACAAGCCCCCCGGCGCGGGUGUGCCGUGCGCGGAUGGCCAGGUCGAAAUCGACAGCGGCCAGUUCGAGCAGCACCUUUUGGGCUUGGACGACCUGGCUGCGUUCAUGGGCAUUGGCGGCGUGGCGCUCGGGAACGGGUAUUAUAGCUGAGGAGGGUGGUGCGUGGGGCGGUCGAGUGGUUUGCUCGCAUUGCAUUUGUUUCUUCUAUGCGUUGGGUCGUGAGAUGGGGCAGAGGAUAUUAUAUGUACACGGCGCGUGAGUGAGUGAGCGCUGCUGUGCUUGCUAGCGGGAUGGCGACGGCGACGGCGACGAUGACGGUGAUGGUGUGGGAGGGAAAGGGCGAGCGAGCGAGCAAGCGGGGCGCUACUACCUAAUUGGGCCUGGGCCUGCUGCCUGCCAGGCUGCGAUACCUCCCUAUCUAGUUAGCUGCCCACCCGGUGAGCGCGCGUUACGCAGAUGUAUAGUCGAGGGCGAGGCGCGACGCGACGCGACGUGGGUGCGGCUGCGGCUGCGUUUUUGUUUAUAUCAUAUACCUUAGUUUUCGCGCGC